UGUAAUGUCAUUUUCCGCACUUCCAUUAGGGCUAUUGUGGGCUUAUUUUUCGUACUUUCGUUAGAGAAGCCAUUUUCCUCAAUAUUUAAGGAACUUAUUCUCCUAAAAAAUGUAUUUUUAAAUAUUUUGACCAACUGAACGUGAGAAAAUUAUGUUUUACUCCAUACCGAACACGCCCUUACUUCCAUCUUUCUUUCAUUGGUUCGUAGCUCAUACUUGUGAUCAACGCUUUAUUAGUUGGAAAACUUAUUGACCGGAACAACUUUUUGUGGCUUCAUUUUCUUUAAAAAAUAGUAAACCUUACAGUUUGUUGAACUCAGAGAGCUUGUUGAUGUGAAGGUGAAGAUUUUAUAGUAAUGCAGCUAUAAGCGUGUAGAGGCGGAUCUAGGAUUUAAGUUUUAUGGGCUGAAUAUUGUUCUUGACGUUGAAACCAUUAUAUAUUUAAAGAAUACACCUAGUAAGAUCGUGCUAUCGUUGUUGUUAUGGGUUGCGCAGUUUCUAAAAAAGAUAGGGUAAGAUCUGUAUUGGCAGAUCCUGUUGCACUUGCUUCUGAAACAAUUUUCACUGUCAGUGAAGUAGAAGCUUUGCUGAAUCUGUACAAGAAAUUGAGCUGCUCCAUCAGCAAGGACGGGCUGAUCCAGAAGGAAGAACUCUUGCUGGCACUUUUCAAGAACCAUAAGAAGGAAAACCUUUUCGCAGACAGGAUAUUUUCCCUUUUUGAUGCUAAGCAGAAUGGACAAAUUGACUUUGAAGAAUUUAUACGGGCAUUGAGUAUUUUCCAUCCAAGGACUCCUGAAUCUGAGAAAAUUGCAAAUGCAUUUAAAUUGUAUGAUCUUAGGCACACUGGCUACAUUGAGCGCGAGGAGUUGAAGGAGAUGGUCAUGGCUCUUCUUGAAGAAUCUGAUAUUCACCUUUCAGAUGAUGUUGUUGAAGCCAUUGUUGACAAGACAUUUAAAGAAACAGAUGCAAAGGGUGAUGGCAGGAUCGACCAAGAGGAGUGGAGAGAAUAUGCUGCUAAAUAUCCAACAUUAUUAAGAAACAUGACUCUUCCGCAUUUAAUGGAUGUAAAUUUAGCAUUUCCAAGCUUUGUCUUGGGCACAGGAGCAGAAGACUCGGAAUUUACAGACUAUUGAUUUGAUAAGCGGGAGAAUCUACCUCCAAGUAAAUGGUGCAUUAGCAUAGAAAAAAACAUUUGUUCUGGUGUGGUUGCAUUGCUAGAAUUAUCUAAUUUCAGAAAGCAGAUGAACUCCCUGACAAAUGUUUUCAGCUGCUAAUUUUGAACAUAGUUUUCUGAUGUGGUUGUGCCAACAUGGAUUUGUGAAGUUUGUAGAGUAUACCUGAAUAGCUUGCCUCCAACUGUUAUCUUAAUGUAGGAAUUGCACGCCGUAGUGAGUUUUCGGCCUGCUAUUUAGUUAUAUUUAAUUUUUUAAAAUUAAAAAUUAUUUAACUUGUAGCCAGUGUUUGCGAACUUCAGACAAGACGCUUCCUACUCCUCUUCUUGUUGGUUAAUAGAGCUUCCACUGCAGUGAUUUCUCUGCGGGGUUUCAGCAUAUGUCAUGCCUUUCGCUUUCAGUGUUUCAGUUAAUGUAUGUUUGUCUUUUGUUUUCAAAAGUUGUAAGCACCCGUGAUUACUCCUCCGGUAUGAAAAGUUCUUAAUGUUAGUGCGUA